GGUGGAACGUGGGCGCGAGGAGCCAGGUGCUGAGUACGAAGGCAAGGGCGCCGAGACUGGGUCCAGGCAGCCGAGCCAGGCCACAAACAUCAUGUGAAUGGGCCGGAAGGCUCCCAGGCUGGGCAGGGAACAUGGGCUGUGGCUGCAGCUCAAACCCUGAAGAUGACUGGAUGGAGAACAUUGACGUGUGUGAAAACUGCCAUUAUCCCAUAGUACCACUGGACAGCAAGACUACGCUGCCCAUCCGAAACGGCUCUGAAGUUCGGGACCCACUGGUCACCUAUGAGGGCUCCAUCCCACCAGCCUCCCCUCUACAAGACAACCUGGUUAUCGCCCUGCACAGCUAUGAGCCCUCCCAUGAUGGAGACCUGGGCUUUGAGAAGGGUGAACAGCUCCGAAUCCUGGAGCAGAGCGGUGAGUGGUGGAAGGCUCAGUCUCUGACCACCGGCCAAGAAGGCUUCAUCCCCUUCAACUUCGUGGCGAAAGCAAACAGCCUGGAGCCUGAACCCUGGUUCUUCAAGAAUCUGAGCCGUAAGGACGCGGAGCGGCAGCUUUUGGCGCCCGGGAACACGCACGGAUCCUUCCUGAUCCGGGAAAGUGAAAGCACCGCGGGAUCUUUUUCCCUGUCGGUCAGAGACUUCGACCAGAACCAGGGAGAAGUGGUGAAACAUUACAAGAUCCGUAACCUAGACAACGGUGGCUUCUACAUCUCCCCUCGUAUCACUUUUCCCGGACUGCACGAACUGGUCCGCCAUUACACCAACGCUUCUGAUGGGCUGUGCACAAAGUUGAGCCGACCUUGCCAGACCCAGAAGCCCCAGAAGCCAUGGUGGGAGGACGAAUGGGAGGUUCCCAGGGAGACACUGAAGUUGGUUGAGCGGCUGGGAGCUGGCCAGUUCGGCGAAGUGUGGAUGGGAUACUACAACGGGCACACGAAGGUGGCCGUGAAGAGCCUGAAGCAGGGGAGCAUGUCGCCCGAUGCCUUCCUGGCUGAAGCUAACCUCAUGAAGCAGCUGCAGCACCAGCGGCUGGUCCGGCUUUAUGCAGUGGUCACCCAGGAGCCCAUCUACAUCAUCACUGAAUACAUGGAGAACGGGAGCCUUGUAGAUUUUCUCAAGACUCCCUCGGGCAUCAAGUUGAACAUCAACAAACUUUUGGACAUGGCAGCCCAGAUUGCGGAGGGCAUGGCAUUCAUUGAAGAGCAGAAUUACAUCCAUCGUGACCUGCGUGCUGCCAACAUCCUGGUGUCCGACACACUGAGCUGCAAGAUUGCGGACUUUGGCCUCGCCCGCCUCAUCGAGGACAAUGAAUACACAGCCAGGGAGGGGGCCAAAUUUCCCAUUAAGUGGACAGCACCAGAAGCCAUUAACUAUGGGACCUUCACCAUCAAGUCAGAUGUGUGGUCUUUCGGGAUCCUGCUGACAGAGAUUGUCACCCAUGGCCGAAUCCCUUACCCAGGUGAGUGUGAAGGGAAGGAACUCUAA